AUGUAAAUUACAGCAUUUACUGAUAUAAAUCUAUUUACAAAUAAAUAAGUGUCUGCUCAUAAGCAUCCAAUAAAUACACCUUAAAUAAAAAAUUAUUCAGUCAGAGUUAAUGAUAGUCUUAUCUCACCAAAUCAAUAUUUAGUAGCAAUCAGAUUAUAAAUUAAUCCUAUACUUAAAGAGAAAGAAGGAUUUCCUAUUAUUUAAUUAUAUAAUGUAAUAACUGGAAAAGAAUUAUAUUCAAAAUCUUGGAAGGUGGAUAGCUCUCUUAUCUCUUAUUAAUUUAGUUUUGAUUCAAGUUUAUUUGUUAUUUUGGAUACAGAAAGUUUGAGUAUAAUCAAUGUUUAAGAAAUACAUAAAAUAUAGAUAAUAAAAUUGAAAAGUGAACGCUUAAUAUCAAUUGAUACAGAUAAUAAUAUUAGUCUACAGUUAUCUAAUAAUAGUAUUAUGGUCUAUUCUCCAAAAAAUGAAUUCUAACAUACAUUACAGAUAUAGAAUGAAGUUGACUAUCUACAUAUGCUAGGUUUAAAUUAUGCAAUGUAUAGUUGUGGUCUUUAUUAAUAUCUUCUGAAUGUAUAAAAUAAGAGAGUAUUGAGAAGAUGGAUGAAUCAUGAUUUCGAGAUAACCAAUUAAAUUAAUUAUAAGAAUUUUUUGGUGAUAUAAAGUUGUGGUUAUAAGAUGAAAUUUGUUUAUAUUAGAUUAUAACAAUCAGGAAAAAUUAUUAGGAAAUAUACUAGUUGCAAUAUGAGAUAAGGAUAAAAUAGAAUUGCAUAUGAAAAUUCAUCAAUUUCAAUAUUUUAAUUUUUUUACUGUAGAAUAAAAUAACCAAUAUUAAAUGUUAUAAAAAAUGUAUUUAAAAUUGAAAUGAAUGUUAAUAAAUUUGAUUUAUUGUAAGGUGGAUUUAAAUAAUAUAAUUUUCAGAUUGACCAGGAUUAUGAUUAGAGAAAAGAGAUACCAAUUUAUUUUUUAAAUGGAAAUUAACUGAAUUAUUAUCUUUUUAUAUGA